AUGCUACUCCUGUCAAGACGCACAAGCAGACUCCUCCUUCCCACCCACCGCUUCCCGUCCCGCCUUCUUUUGCACCACAGGCAAGAGGAGAGCUGCCCUCCUUCCGCCACAUGGCCCUCCUCACAUGGAGUUUUGAGACAUCUCAAAGCUCGCCUUGACAACGACCAGCUUACGGGAGAGCUGCCCUCCUUCCGCCACGUCACCCAACUCACAUCGCUAGACAGGCUGCACCUUGACAACAACCAGCUCACGGGAGAGCUGCCCUCCUUCCACCACAUCACCCAACUCACAUCGCUAGACAGACUGUCUGUUGCCUACAACUACCUCACAGCCACAGCAGACGCCUUCCCGUUCAACACCACCAGCCCAGACCCAGACGACCCCUCAGGAGGCCACAGCUCGUGCGUAUUCACCCACAACUGCCUUGAGUGGGUCUACUGCGGCCAUGGGCUGAACCAGAGGCGUGACAGUGAGUGCCGGGCGUUCUGUGGGGUGCAAGUGCAGCCGCUCAAAGAGCAGAGGCUCACCCCCCCGUGCAGCGGGCAUGGCAUGUGCUCCUUUGUGCCGGACCCGUCUCACACCAUGUAUCCUUGUGAUGAAGACGAGGAGUUCUGGCCACCCUACUGUGAACCUGUGGGGCAGUGCACCUGUGAUGACGGGUACACGCCAGGGACUGCUGCUGGCACGUGCGUCUCUCACGAUACCCUGCUGGUGCCUCAAGGUAUGCUUGCAGAUUAA